CCGACAUCUUUCCCUUUCGACAAGAUUGAUCUUAGAGAGGGAGAGAGAGAGAGAGAGAGCGUGGGAUAACAACAAAUACUAAACAUACCGAUCAUCAUCAUCAUCAUCAAAUGAGGGGAAAUGCUAUGGGUAAAUUACAACUAACAUGUCAACUAUUGGAAUAUGGUGAUAAUUGUACACAACGUUAUAUUGAUCAAUGUAUGCCAUUGCUGAUUGGUAAAAUGAUUUGGAAUAUGAUCAAUGAUACAAGAAAUGUUUUACAACUAAUAUGCCAUAAUUUAACCAUACAAAAUGAUUAUCUACGAUAUGCAUCAUGUUUCAAACGAACGGCCACCAUAAAUUGUAUGGAUAUUGUCAAACAAAUACAAACAUUAUCCACAUCAAAUGUUAAUAUUCAACAAUUUUGUUGCAUUUAUAAAUCAUCAGUUGAUUGUCAACAUCGUUCAAUUAUCAAGGAUUUGAUUCAUUAUUAA